CAAUUUCGAGAGCCUCCAUCAACGAGGCUUCGCUCCCAACGACGCUGCAGCACUUGCUCUGAAGAUCGCCAUGGGGAAAGCGGAGCUGCUAGCAGCAAUCUCCAAGGCGCGUGCCAGCAGGGCAGCGAGGGCCAGCGGCGCAGCUCAGGACAGCCGCCACAUGGCAGAGCUGAUCCCCAAGGUGCUGUCGUCAGCAGACGCUGUGAGCCUGGUGUUCCUCGCCAUGCCGGAAGGACUUUCCAAAGGCAACCUGCUGGGAAUUGACACUGCGACUGUAAAGCUGUUCUACGACGGAGUGGCAAAUCUGGGAGACGAUGUGGCAGCAGCAGUGGUGCGGGCCAGCGACCGACUGCUCUCAGAGCUCGCACAAGCCAUGCCCUCCGCGCCCUCCUCCACUCUCGCCCACCACCUCCCCACUCCCCCGCGACCCUCCCGCCCCCCUGCCCUCGUCUCUCUCCCCGUGCCUGCCCCUGCUACCACCGCCGCUACCACUGCUGCCACUGCUGUCACCACUGCGACCGCUGCCACGGCUGGGAGUGAGAGGGAUGAUGGCACUUCCACCGCUGCUGCCACCACCGCCACCAGUGCCAUGGACGUUGAUUCCCAACCUGCACUGCCGUCUACCGCCGCUGCUCCACCUUCCGAAAGCCCAGCCAGCGAAGCCCCCGCGAGCGCAGCAGCUGAAGUGGACACAGGUGCAGGGGGGGCAGUGGGGGCAGGUGCAGGUGCAGCAACUGUAGCAACAGCAGGGGCGGCGGCGGCGGCGGCAGGAGCAACGGCAGGGGCGUCGGGCAGUGCGAAGAGGAAGGUGGACUCAUUGGCUGCCGCAGCAGCAGAGGGGGGCGGGCGAGACUCGGAUGAGCCGUCGCCAGCUGUCAUGCGCUCGCUGCUCUUCCUGCUCGACAGCCCUUUCCUGAUGGAGCCCGAGAACCAUCAGCUGUACCGCCGCCUGUGCAAGCUGCUGCUGGACCUGCCCCCGCUGCCCCGCCAGCAGCUCAUCUGCACCCUCGCCAGCUACGAGCGAGGGCAUCUACAGCAGGUGGUGGAGACGGCACAGCAUGUCAUCACCAUCCAGCUGUAUGAGGCCCACCGCCUCGUUGACACUGUCAAGCUCGCCACUCGCGUACUCGGGAUAUUCUUCGCGGCGAACGAGAGGGGCCAUCAGCUGCCGCACUCGGCGUUCUACAACGAUGCCCUCAACAGUGAUGAGUUUGUUGACCUGGAGCAGGACUACAGCAAGUGGAAGCACAGAGACAGGUAUCUGGACCCCUUUACUCUCUGCGACCACCCGUACAUUCUCGAAGCGGCCAGCAAGGCGGCGGUGCUGCAGGUGGAGUCGCGGGUGGAGAUGUCCCACCGCUUCCACGAUGCCCUGCUGGGCAUGGCGCUCAGAGGGCUGACGGGCGCGCACAUGGCCAAUCCCUUUUGCGUGUUGAUUGUGCGCCGGGAUCACAUCGUGGAAGACGCUAUUCUGCAGGUGCAACAGCACGCAGGGGACUUGAAAAAACCGCUCAAGGUGAAGUUUGUGGGAGAGGAGGGCGUGGACGAGGGCGGAGUGCAGAAGGAGUUCUUCCAGCUCAUCAUGCGCGAUAUCGUUGACGCCAAGUUUGGCAUGUUCACGUACAACGAAACAACGCGCUCCUUCUGGUUCAGUGCAUCCCCCAUCGACAUGCCACUCGAGUUUGAGCUCGUCGGCACCGUGCUGGGACUAGCCAUCUACAACGCGCACAUCCUCGAUAUAAGCUUCCCCCUUGUCGUCUACAAGAAGCUCCUGGGGAAGAAGACCUGCCUGGACGAUCUCGCAGGGGUGGACCCGGACCUGCAUCGAGGGCUCAAGGGGCUGCUGGCAUUCCAGGGCAACGUUGAGGAGGUGUACUCAUGGUGCUUGGAGGCAUCAUACACGGACGUCUUUGGCUCGCCCACCACGGUUCCGCUCAAGGACGGUGGCGAGAACCUUCCUGUCACCAACAGCAACCGGGAGGAGUUUGUGGAGCUGCUGGUGGACUUCCAUCUGAACAAGCUAGUGGAGCGGCAGUUUGGCCCCUUCUCCCGCGGCUUCCUGCGCCUAUGUGGCGGCCCGGUGUUGCGUCUAUUCCAACCGGACGAGCUCGAGUUGCUCAUCUGUGGCAGCCCUGUGUUCGACUUUGAAGAGCUGGAGAGGAAUGCGCGGUAUGAGGAUGGGUACACCAAGGAGUCUCCCGUCAUUAAGAACUUCUGGAAGGUGGUGCAUGGGUUGCAGGACGCAGAGAAGAGAAAUCUACUGGCGUUUGUGACGGGGUGCGACAGGGCGCCCAUCAAGGGCCUCGCCUCGCUCCCCUUCGUCAUCUCCCGAGCGGGUCCUGACUCCGACCGGCUACCAACAGCGCACACAUGCUUCAACCACCUGCUGCUGCCUGAAUACUCUAACCUUGAAAAGGUGGGUCUUGAAGCUCUCUGA